AAAACCGGGGUUCAAAUGUUGAGCAUAGCGUGGAUCCUACCCUCAUAGCCACCAUGAUGCAAAGUUGGAAACACAAGUACCAUGACAAAGAAAAAGGAAAGAAAAUGAGAAACGGAAAAAGGAAAGAAAACAGGUGAACUGAAAACCGGCAAAAAAAUAGUAAUCCGGGAGAGAGGAACGGACAUGUCAAGCCCCACACACCAACUAUGUGCAUCACCUCACGCUCACGGUCAAAGGAAGAAAAAAAUUAAAAGAACACACUAUACGCAUCACCCUCUAACUCCCUCGCUCCCCCUUCCCUUCUUAUUCCCACUCCCUCCGCCGUCCCUGAACCCAGCCCUCUUCCUCUCUUCUUCUUCAUCCAUCCAUCCCCGAGACCAACCAACCCAACAAUGGAAGUUGCUGCGCCCAAGCAACUCCUCCCCAUGGCGCCGCGGGACCCCAACUCCCCGUCCUCCUCCACCUCCUCCUCCUCGCCCUCCUCCGCCGCGUCGCCGUCGCCGUCGCACCGCCCCACCCCGCUGCCGCCCUCCCCGAGGCCCGUGCCCCGCACCAUCGACACCACCCCCUUCCCCACCACCUUCGUCCAGGCCGACACCGCCUCCUUCAAGCAGGUCGUCCAGAUGCUCACCGGCGCCGACAUGCCUCCGCCGUCCUCGCAGCAGGCCCAGAGGCCCCCCGCCGCCGCCAGCAGCAAGGCCGGCGCCCCGUGCCGGCCCAAGAAGCCGGCUUUCAAGCUCUACGAGCGCCGGAGCAGCAUGAAGAACCUCAAGAUGAUCGCGCCGCUCGCCAUGGCGGCCGCCGCGGGGGCGUCGCCGAGGAAGGCGCUGCCGGAGCUGCUCUCGCCCAGCGUGCUCGACUUCCCGUCGCUGGCGCUCAGCCCGGUGACGCCGCUGCUCUCCGACCCCUUCAACCGGUCCGCGUCGGCGUCCCCGGCGGAGCAGGAGGCGGCCGCGGAGCGCGCGGCCAUCGCGCGCAAGGGCUUCUUCCUGCACCCGUCGCCUCGGGGCGGCGCCGGCGAGCCCCCGCCGCGCCUGCUGCCGCUCUUCCCCGUCACCUCCCCCCGGAUGGCCUCCGCCGCCGCGCCGUCGUCGGAGUGAACCGUGCCGAUCCACACCGCGCGUAGAGUAUCCACACCAUGGAUUGGCUGCCUGCCUGCCUAGUAAAGAACGGAAUUGUCCGGAGUAGUAGCUCGUUCUCGGUGCUAGUAAGUAGUACGUAUGUUGUAAUUUAAUUUUUGCUCGCUCGCUCGCUCGCUCGAGCGACGGCUCGGCAAGAAACGGAAAGGAUCACACUCUUUGAGCUCCUCCCCUGCCCGCCCUGAUCUCUUCUCGGUCCAUCGCCGCCCUAAUUUAAUUACUCUGUCCGUUUCUUGCUCUUACUCUG